AUGUGUUGCAAUUAUUCCAUUUGUGUUAGAGUGUUGGUGGCAUUGUUGUUGUGUGCAUCAGUCUCCAUCAAAGCUCAGCUCAGUACCACGUUUUACUUGCGAACAUGUCCCAAUUUGCAACAUAUUGUGUUUGAUGUCGUGGCUAAGGCUUCCUUUUCUGAUCCACGAAUUGGUGCCAGCCUCAUCAGGCUUCACUUCCAUGACUGCUUUGUUCAAGGUUGUGAUGCAUCAAUUUUGCUGAACAAGACGGCAACAAUAGAUAGCGAACAAGAUGCAUUUGCAAAUGCCAAUUCAAUAAGGGGUUUGGAUGUGAUGAACAACAUCAAGAGUUAUGUUGAACGUUUUUGUCCCGGAACAGUUUCUUGUGCGGAUAUGCUUGCUAUGGCAGCUGAAGUGUCUUCUGAAAUUGGAGGUGGUCCCCAAUGGAAAGUUCUAUUGGGAAGAAGAGACAGCUUAACAGCGAACCGAAUCCUUGCUAAUCAAAACAUUCCGGCACCAUCCUUCACACUCGAUCAACUCAAAGCUAGCUUUCAAAAACAAGGUCUCGACCCUACUACUGAUUUAGUUGCACUCUCAGGUGCUCAUACAAUUGGAAGAGCUCACUGCAGAGUAUUUGUUAAUAGAUUAUACAAUUUCAACAACACAGGCAAUCCUGAUCCAACAUUGGACUCAGAUUAUUUACAAACAUUGCAAGAAAUAUGUCCCCAAAAUGGAAAUGGUGAUAGCCUAACCAAUUUGGAUGUUUCAACUCCAAAUACAUUGGACAACAGAUAUUACUCCAAUCUUAGGUCUCAAAGAGGAUUGCUUCAGAGUGAUCAGGAGCUUUAUUCAACUCCUGGGGCAGAUACCAUUUCCCUUGUUGAUACCUAUAGCAAUAGCAAAAUUGCAUUCAAUCAACAAUUCGCACAAUCAAUGAUCAAAAUGGGUAAUAUUGGAGUGCUAACGGGAGAUCAAGGAGAGAUUCGAUCGCACUGUAACUUUGUUAAUGGCUCAUAA